AAAGAUAUCGAAAGGGUAAAUAACCCGAUGAAAAGGACAUUGAACUCUUCUUGAAGAACAACGGGAAUCUUGCACCAACAAGAUUCAAAUACUCGGACAUUAAAAAAAUGACCAAGUCAUUCAGUGAAAGCUUGGGGAAAGGAGGCUAUGGUAAUGUUUACAAAGGAAAAGUAUCCGAUGAUGGUCGUCUUGUAGCGGUGAAAAUGUUGGACGAAUCAAAAGGGAAUGGAGACGAAUUUAUGAAUGAGGUUGCAAGUAUUAGCAGAACUUCCCACGUUAAUAUCGUCACUCUUCUCGGAUUCUGCUUCGAGGGUUCGAAAAGAGCUCUCAUUUACGAAUUCAUGCCUAAUGGCUCUCUUGAAAAAUUCAUCCAACAUAGUGCUUCGUCAUCAUCAAAAGAAGAUGUAAUAAUAUUGGGAUGGGAAAAAUUGUUUCAAAUUGCACUUGGCAUUGCUCGAGGGCUUGAAUACUUGCAUGAAGGGUGCAACACGCGGAUUUUGCACUUUGAUAUAAAGCCUCACAACAUUCUUCUGGAUAAGGACUUCAAUCCGAAGAUAUCCGAUUUCGGGCUUGCUAAAUUAUGCCCUAACAGAUUGAGUAUAGUUUCCAUGUUAGUGGCACGAGGGACGAUAGGGUAUAUUGCUCCAGAAGUGUUUUCUAAGAACUUUGGAGAAGUAUCUCACAAAUCCGAUGUCUACAGCUACGGAAUGAUGAUUUUGGAAAUUGUGGGAGCGACGAAAAAGAAUGGUCCGUAUAAAGAUGUAAUUAAUGCCGAUGACACGAGUAGUGAAGUAUACUUCCCGCAAUAUAUCUACAAGGAGCUAGAAGCAAUUGAUGUUGAUCUUGAUGGGAUUAUUGCGAAUAAUAAAGAUGAAAGCGAGGUAAUUACAGAGAGAAAACUUUUAAUUGUGGGAUUAUGGUGCAUACAAAUUGACCCCAAAGACCGGCCGUCGAUGAAGAAGGUUCUAGAAAUGUUGGAAGGAAAGCUUGAAGACUUGCAAGUGCCACCUAAACCUUAUCUUUCUUCCUCUCCACGUGCACCAAUUUUUUCAAUUUCCGACUCGGUGUAGCUUUCUGCUUUGAUUUGUGUAGUUUGAAUGUGUAAAAUUUAAAUGUGUGCUUAAGUAUUGUGAAGAAAUCGUCAUCAUCUAUACCUCAACGCUUAUAUUGAAGACUAUUUAUUCUAA